AUGGAUAACAACACAUCUAUAUUUCUUCUCCUGGAAUUAUCAAACAUUCGGGAAUUUCAGAUUAUUUAUGCCUCUGUAUUUUUGAUUUUGUAUUUAAUUACACUAACUGGGAACUUCCUGAUUAUCUCUGCAAUCAUUUUUGAUUCUCACCUUCACACACCAAUGUACCUCUUCCUAAUGAAUUUAGCCCUGCAGAACAUUGGUUCAGUUUCAGUUAUUAUUCCCAAGUCCAUUUUCAAUUCAUUUAUGAACCGACGAUGGAUUUCUUAUUCUGAGUGUGUAACUCAAGUUCUUUUAUUUUUAUUCUUUGUAGACUCUGAUAUUUCUCUUCUUACUGUCAUGGCAUUUGAUCGGUAUGUUGCUAUCUGUAAUCCUUUACAAUAUGAAAUGAUAAUGAACAGGAAGGCCUGCACCCAAAUGAUUGGCAGCCUGUGGAUUGCCAGCCUGUUCAAUGCUAUAUUAAACACCACUGGGACUUUUCUUACUCCUUUCUGCUCUAAUAUUAUCAAUCAGUUUUAUUGUGAAAUCCCACAUUUACUGAAGAUUGCAUGUUCAGAUUUAUACACAACUGAAAUUGGAGUUGUAGUAUUUAGCAUUACAUUAGCAUUUGGUUGUUUUGUCUUCAUUGUUUUUACUUAUGUGGAGAUCUUCCUUGCUGUCCUAAGAAUUCCUUCUGUCCAAGGAAGAAAAAAGGCUUUGUCUACUUGCCUGCCACACCUAAUCGUCUUUUCCAUUUUUUUGUUUACUGGCUGCUUUGCUUAUCUGCGUCCUAUAUCAGAGAAACCACAACACUCUGAUUUUGCCAUUACAGUAAUGUAUUCCAUUAUUCCACCCAUGAUGAAUCCAUUAAUCUAUAGCUUGAGAAACAAUGACAUUAAUAUUGCUCUGUCAAGAAUUUUUGCUCUGAGGUCACUUAUAUAA